UUCGCAUCAAGCCGCAUCCGAUGGCACGGACCGCGAGAAGACGGGCAGCCUCAUCUGCCACAGAGAGGAAAAGGAGUUCCAGAUCAAAGGCCGGACCAAGAGUUUCAGAUCUCAUUCUGAAAGCCGUGGCUGCGUCUCAGGAGUCCAAAGGCGUGUCUCUGGUCGCGCUGAAGCAGGCGCUCGCGGGCUACGGCUACGACGUCAAGAAGAACGACUCGCGCGUCAAGCUCGCGCUCAGAUCGCUGGUUAAAAGAGGCUUGCUCGUGCAGACCAUAAAGACCGGAGCGCGCAGACAGCUCAGUGUGAGCAAACGCGAUGCGGUGAGGAGGCCAGCCAAGAAACGUGCUCUGAAAAAAUCUAAAUCGGCCAGGCGUAAAAGAGCUACUAAAAGCGCAUCCAGGAGAGUGAAGGGGAGCCGGAGGAGCGCGAAGAAACGUUCAGCAAAGAGAGUGACCUCUAGCCGAAGAAGGAAGGUGAAAGCCGCGAAGCGUAAAGCAGCAAAACGCAAAAGGUCCAAGGUCAGGAGGAGGAGAGCUGUCAGGAAGAAGUAAGAGUUUGCCAUGCCCGUAACUCCAAAACAACAACGACGCUUUUUAAAAAGACACCGGGUUUCCACAGAGACGUAAAAUUUGGGGUGAGCAUGCGCAUUAGGCUGUGUUUAGAGAUUUAGAUAUAUGAUUUUAGCCUUUAAAAAAACAUGG